AAGAAAGUAAAGGUGGCUGCCCUUGAGUUCACCGAUUAUGCCUUAAUUUGGUGGGAUCAAUUGCAAAAGGAGAGAAGAAGGUAUGGAGAGCAUCCUAUCAACACUUGGGACGAAAUGAAGACUUUGAUGAGAAGGAGAUUUGUGCCUUCCCACUACCAUAGGGAAUUGCACAACAAAUUGCAAAGACUUACCCAAGGGAGUAGGAGUGUGGAUGAUUACUACAAGGAGAUGGAGGUGGCUUUGAUUAGGGCCAAUAUUGUGGAGGAUAGGGAAGCUACCAUGGCUCGGUUUCUCCAUGGCCUAAACCGAGACAUUGGAGACAUUGUGGAGUUACAACAUUAUGUGGAGCUUGACGACUUAGUGCAUCAAGCAAUGAAAAUAGAGCAACAAUUAAAGAGAAAGGGCGUUAUGAAGAAAUCAUCUUCUCCAAACUACUCUUCAAGUUGGAAGGACAAGCCAAAGAAGGAGGGUUCUUCUUCAAAUUCUAAGGAGGAAGCAAGCAUUAAGAAGCCUAUUCCUGCUACCUCUUCUUCCACUUCUAAGAGUAGGGAUAUCAAGUGUUUUAGGUGUUUGGGAAAAGGUCAUAUUGCAUCCGAAUGCCCGAAUAAGAAGACUAUGGUGGUGAGGGAUAAUGGGAGUAUCUCUAGUGAAGAAAUUUCUUCUCAUUCCUCUUCCUCAAGUGAUGAAGAAAAUGAUGGAGCAGCCUAUGCGCAAGAUGGAGAUCUCUUGGUGGUUAGGAGAUUAUUGGGAAGCCAACCCAAGGAGCAUGAGGAGGACCAAAGAGAAAAUAUUUUUCAUUCCCGCUGCCUUAUUCAAGGAAAGACAUGCUCUAUGAUCAUUGAUGGUGGAAGUUGCACCAAUGUGGCAAGCACUAGGUUGGUCACCAAACUCAACCUCAAGACUACACCACAUGCAAGACCAUAUAAACUCCAAUGGCUAAGUAAUAGUGGUGAAUUGAUAGUGAACCAGCAAGUGUUGAUUAAUUUCUCCAUUGGCAAAUAUGAAGAUCAAGUUCUAUGUGAUAUUGUGCCUAUGGAGGCAAGCCACAUUCUUCUUGGAAGACCUUGGCAGUUUGAUAGGCGAGAUUUUGAAGAUAUGUUUCCCAAGGAAGUACCUCAUGGAUUGCCACCAAUGAGGGGAAUUGAAUACCAAAUAGACCUUAUUCCUGGCGUUUCUCUGCCCAAUAGGCCAGCUUAUAGGAGCAACCCUCAAGAAACAAAGGAGAUACAAAAUCAAGUGGAGGAGUUAUUGCAAAAAGGAUGGGUUAGAGAAAGUUUAAGUCCUUGUGCCGUACCCGUAAUUUUGGUGCCUAAAAAGGAUGGAACAUGGAGGUUUGUCAUAAGUUCUAAAGGAGUGCAGGUUGAUGAAGGGAAAGUUAAGGCCAUUAGAGAUUGGCCAACUCCUAAAAUUGUGAGUGAGGUUAGGAGCUUCCAUGGGUUGGCAAGUUUCUAUAGGAGGUUUGUGAAAGACUUCAACACAGUGGCGGCACCUCUAAAUGAAAUUGUUAAGAAAAACAUGGGUUUUAGAUGGGGAGAGAAUCAAGAAAAGGCAUUUCAAACACUUAAGGAUAAACUCACACAUGCACCCAUUCUUGCUUUACCUGAUUUUUCCAAAUCUUUUGAAAUUGAAUGUGAUGCAUCUCAUGUGGGUAUUGGGGCUGUUUUACUUCAAGAUGGUCAUCCCAUUGCAUAUUUUAGUGAGAAACUAAGUGGCGCCACUCUCAACUAUUCCACUUAUGAUAUAGAAUUGUAUGCACUUGUUAGAGCAUUACAAACAUGGCAGCAUUAUCUUUUGUCUAAAGAAUUUGUCAUUCAUAGUGAUCAUGAAUCUUUGAAGUAUUUGAAAGGGCAAGGGAAGCUCAACAAAAGGCAUGCCAAAUGGGUCAAAUUUCUUGAACAAUUUCCUUAUGUGAUUAAACAUAAGCCAGGAAAGGUAAAUGUUGUAGCAGAUGCACUUUCAAGAAGGCAUGACAACUACUUGUUUAAGAAUAACAGACUUUGUGUGCCUAGAGAAUCGAUGCGUAAAUUGCUAGUUAGGGAAGCACAUGAGGGGGGUUUAAUGGGACACUUUGGGGUUCAAAAGACCUUAGAAAUGCUGCUUGAACAUUUUCAUUGGCCACACAUGAAACACGAUGUGCAGAAAUUUUGUGCACAGUGCAUUGUGUGUAGAAAAGUAAAAUCUAAGACAUUACCUCAAGGACUUUACACGCCUUUGCCUAUUCCUAAUUUUCCUUGGACUGACUUGUCUAUGGAUUUUGUUUUAGGGCUACCACGUACUCAAAAAGGUAAGGACUCCGUUUUUGUGGUAGUUGAUAGAUUCUCCAAGAUGGCACAUUUCAUACCUUGCCACAAGGUGGAUGAUGCAACUCAUGUGGUAGAUUUGUUUUUCAAAGAGGUGGUAAGACUUCAUGGCAUGCCUAGGAGCAUUGUUUCAGAUCGUGACACCAAAUUUUUAAGCCAUUUUUGGAGGACCUUAUGGAACAAGCUGGGAACAAAGCUUCUUUUCUCCACCACAUGCCACCCACAAACUGACGGUCAGACUGAGGUGGUAAAUAGGACACUUUCUACUCUUCUUAGAGCAAUUAUUAAGAAGAACAUUAAGUCUUGGGAAGAAUGUUUACCUCAUGUUGAAUUUGCUUAUAAUAGGGCGGUCCAUUCUACUACUCAAUUUUCUCCUUUUGAGAUUGUUUAUGGGUUCAAUCCACUAACACCUCUUGAUUUGCUUCCUUUACCUAACAUUUCGGUUCAUAUGAGGAAGGAACGGUUUCCUACCCAAAGAAAAUCAAAGCUUCAACCAAGAGGAGAUGGACCAUUCCAAGUGUUGGAAAGAAUUAAUGACAAUGCUUACAAAAUUGAUUUGCCCGGUGAGUAUGGUGUUAGUGCAACAUUUAAUGUGGCUGAUUUGAGUCCUUUUGAUGUAGGAGAUGAAGACCUAAAUUCGAGGACGAAUUCACCUAAAGAAGGAGGGAAUGAUGUGAGCCAAGAAGAGGCAUUGAAGGGAAUUGGGGGACCCAUGACAAGGUCCAAGACUAAGAGAAUGAAGCCAGCUUUGGAAGGUUUAAUAAUGAGGCUCAAGGAA